AUGAACGAAGCAGCGGGCCUGGAUUGGAUGGAGGUGAAUCAGAUCCUGCAAGAGCACUACCCGAACCUCCCUCCCCGUGAAGCCUUUGUCAACUUUCUUCGCGAUGUGUUUAUCAAUCAUCCCCCAGAAUUGAUGAAAAGGAUCCCCCCGGGCAUGUUAGAAAAGCUACAAGGCGCUGCUGAUAUCGCAAUGAUAAUUGGAGUUCUCAGGGGGUCGUCACUAGUUCAAGCCAGCGCUCUUGCUAUGAGCAUGGUCGAGAAGGUGUUCGCAAAAUGGUCACAAUCUGGAGUGAACACGGUGACAGCGGCAAAGCCCAGCACGGUUUUAGAACAGGCAACUGUUGGCGUGUCCAAAAUGGCAACGCCGGCAUUUGAGAGUGCAAUCACUCGCGAUUCGGAUACAAUGCUACCCAAUGUGGAUCUCCUUGCCGACAAUAUCAAAGGUCUUGCCGGCUCGGCUGAAUAUGUCACUAGAGAGUUGCAUGGCAUUCACGUCAUUGGGAACUCCCUCGUUGAUCAUAUCAAUUAUUAUGGACGCUGGAUGCAGACGGUCUCUUCGAUUCAGAUUGCGCAGGGAUACCAGGCAAUUCAGGCCUUGAACGUUAUUUGCGAUCAUCUGCGCGAUAGUAAUAUCAUUACCGUCUCGGGCGGUGGUGGUUCAGAUGGUUUCGCUCGUCCUGUUUACGACUUUAUCCAGAAGAGCAUCAACGACAUUGAUCAGACGACACGGGACAACCAUCGUUUCUUCGUCUUCCAUCCCGACACGAAUUGGUACGGGGCAUUCCACCGACUGAUCAGGGAGAACCCUCUUCCCCCCGAGUUCUGCGCAAAGGCGGACAACCUCGAUACUACCUGUCUAUUCAUGCAAGAUAUUAGAACGAGUUUGGCCGAGCAGUCAGAUCAUGGAAAAGACAUCAUAUUCCACCUACUUAUUCCCUCGUGGUAUAGUCUGGCCAUCGAAGAGCCACUACACUUCCCGGACAGCCUGUAUCCAUUGCGAGUGGAGGGGGAGAAGCAUAAACGCAAGGAGCUGGUUCAGCUCAACCUUCCCGCCGCGCCUGCUGGUCUCUUACAUGGUGUUGCGAAUGUUCUCGAUCCUAAAGGCUUGAAUAAGAUAGCAGCCGGGGCCAGCGUUGUAACAACAUUGCCAGGAGUGGGCUGGGGCGUUAAUGGUGCUUGUCUAGCACUUGGGCUCGGUAUUGGGACUAUCACAGGGCUGGGGGCUUUUGUUGCCGUUCCUAUCUGGCUCGGCACGGCAAUGCCAGCCAUGAGCACGGCGGCCCCAGUUAUUGGGGAAACCGUCUACAAUGCCCUCUGUGAAGAAGCACCAAGAGUGCUUGGGUCUGCAGAGCGAUUGAACAUGCGACAGUGGCGUUUUUGA